AUGAGCUUAUCUUCAUUUGGCUUUAUUUUAAUUUUAUUACUUGUUCUCUCAACCGAACUGUCGCAAGCACAGUUCUGGGGUACAUCAACAGGUCGAUGUUGGGGACGAUUUGAACAAUAUCAUGAAUGUGCUUCAACAUGUCCUGAUACGUGUGAUGAUAUUCGAUGGCCCAACCCUGCUAAAAUAUGCAACUUGAUGUGCAGAAAUGGAUGUGAUUGUAUCCGACCUUUUGUGCGCUUAAAUAAAAAUCCCAUGAGUCCAUGUGUUCAUCCACGUCAAUGUAGAUUUAUGUAA